AUGUGGGGAGGUGUGACGGUAUGUGCUAAUAGCAGCCCCGUGUCUGCCCUCGACCCGUAUCGCUACGGUCUGGAUGACAAGACCACCUACCCCUUAAACGGCAUUAUGCACCUUCCCCAGUCUCCGUCUCCGCGCAGUGCCACUGGCGAAGGAGAGGAUACGGCGCUUCCUCUGAGCGAGAUCCAGAAGCACCUCAUGGCGGCGUACGUCGACAAGAUUGGUUAUGAGUUCCAGCACUGUCCCAACAAGUCGGAGAGGCUGUGGUUCUCUCACCUGAUCGAGACCAAGGGUGAAACUGUCCCCAUGGAUGACGAACGGAGGAAGCGUGUCUGGAAGCUGCUCAGCAACUCGGAGGAAUUCGACAGGUUUAUGGCCAAGAAGUUCCCCAAUCUGAAGAGAUACGCCGGUCUUGGCGAUAUCGUUGUCUGUCUUCCUCAUCGAGGACGCCUGUCGCUGUUGACAGAGCCUUCCAUGCUCAAGUACCCGCACGAGGCCCUCUUUUCUAAGGUCAAGGGCGCCCCCGAGUUUGAUCCGGCUACUGCUCCUGGUGCGACUGGUGACGUGAUCUCACACUUGGCUGCGAUCUCGGACUUGCAGUACGACGGAAAGCCCGUGAAGGUUGAAGUGCUUCAGAACCCCUCGCACCUCGAGGCCGUCAACCCUGUGGCACUGGGAAUCACUCGAGCCAAGCAAAUGAACCAGUUGAAGUCGAGCCCCGCCGAGUGCCAGCUUGGCGACCGUGUCCUGUGUGUCCAGCUGCAUGGCGACGCUGCCUUCUCCGGGCAAGGCGUCGUCACAGAGAGUCUCGGACUCAGCGGUCUGCCGCAUUAUGGUUCUGGUGCUGACCUCAGCAACAACAUCGGCUACACUACGCCAGCAUCGUUCUCGCGAUCGUCGUUGUACGCCUCGGACAUCGGAAAGGCCAUUGGAUGCCCCAUUCUCCAUGUCAACGGUGACCAUCCCGAGGAUGUGGUGCGCGCAGUCGACAUCGCUUUCCAGUACCGCAACAUGUUCCGCAAGGAUGUCAUCAUCGAUCUCAUCUGCUACCGCCGCUGGGGUCACAACGAGUUGGAUGAGCCAGGUUACACUCAGCUUCCUGAGCUCUACGAGGAGAAGCUCAUUGAAGCCAAGGCGGGCCGCGUGGAGUACCAGAACGUCAUGUCCGAUGCUCUUGACAAGGUGGGGUCGUUUCAGCCCAAGUCGGAGAUGCUCGGUGGCAAGUGGAAGGAUAUGGUCUGGCCUGCUUCGCAGGAGGCGAAGCCUGAUCCCGAAACUGGUCUCUCCGAGGAGCGCCUGAAAGAGGUUGGCCGCGCCAGUGUCGAACUGCCCGACUCGUUCAACCUGCACUCCCGUUUGAAGAGGCACAUCUCCUCCAGACUGAAGGGUCUGGAUGGCAAGGUCGACUUCGCUACCGCUGAAGCUAUGGCCUUCGGUACGCUCAUGCAAGAUGGCUACGAUGUCCGUAUCUCUGGCGAGGAUGUCGGCCGUGGAACGUUUUCCCAGCGUCAUGCCAUGUAUGUGGACCAGAAGGACGAGUCGUGCUACGUUCCUCUGAAUGACUCCCUGAAGGCUCCGGGCAAGCUCGAGCUUGCGAACACAAAGUGGCUCAAGCAGAGCGGUCUCGUCAUGAUGCUUCCGCACGGCUUCGAUGGAGCUGGUCCGGAACACUCUUCAUGCAAGAUCGAGAGGUUCCUGCAGGCUUCGGACGACGGGGCAGCGAGUCCUGCGCACGACGUGAACCUUAUCGUAGCCAACCCCUCCACCCCAGCACAAUUGUACCACCUUCUGCGCCGGCAGAUGAUGCGGAACUUCCGCAAGCCGUUGGUCAUCGCUUCCCCCAAAGGUCUCCUCCGGUCUCCCGCCGCGGCGUCCCCUGUCCAGGACAUGGGCCCUGGCACAAAGUUCCAACCCGUGCUUAUCGACGCCGCCGACAACGCCCAGCGCGUCAUUGUGUGCAGUGGCAAGCACUACUAUACGCUGAAGGACGCAGCGAACGCCAGUGACAAGCCCGUGACAUUCAUUCGCAUCGAAGAACUGUCACCAUUCCCUGCCGCCGAGCUGAAGGAGGCCCUGCAAGCCGUCAAGGGCGAGAACGUUCCGGUGAUUUUCGCGCAGGAGGAGCCCGAAAACGCCGGCGCCUGGUCGUACGUGAGACCGCGCUUGGACGCGGUCCUGGCGGAGCUGGGCAGGUCCCCCUCCACCUACGCCGGACGCAAGGCCGGCGCCACGACGGCCGUCGGAGUGGGUGCGUGGCAUAAAGCGGAGAUGGAGGUAAUCGUAAAGGCUGCACUGGAGUCUUAG